CAUCCCUAGCAAGAAGUGAGAAAAAAAGUGAAUCGAAUCGUCAUCGUCUUGGCCCAUUAAUUGCGAAGAAAAAGAUUGCUGCGCCGAAGAAAACGGUCGAGGAAGAGUUCCAGCGACACCGCAACGCCCCAGCAGUCCACAUCGCGAUCCCGGCCAGAGGAAAAACGCAGGGCACCGGAAGGGAAACCAGAGCAAGCCAAACAACCGCCCCUGCCCCGAUUUCGUGAAUCACCCAGUGGAACCAUGGAGCAGACCCCGAUCACCGAUGCGGAGAAGGUGCGCAUUGUGUCCGACUUCAUCCUGCACGCGCCGCCCGGCGAGUUCAACGAGGUGUUCAACGAUGUGCGGGAGCUGCUCAAGAACGACACCCUGCUGAAGGACGGGGCCAGCCACGCCUUCGCCCAGUACAACAAGGACCAGCUGACCCCGGUCCGCAUCGAGGGCACCGACCACAACGCCAUCAUAUCGGAGCACAACGAUCUGGGCAACGGUCGCUUCUUCGAUCCACGCACAAAGCAAGCCUUCAAAUACGAUCACCUCCGGAAAGAGGCCUCCGACUACCAGGAUGUGGAUGCGGAUGCCACUGCGGAGCCCUGGAGGGCAGCCCUGGACCUGGAGACACUCGCCUACACUGCCAGUCACUAUAGACACGGAGUCAGCUCUGUCUUUGGAAAGGCGCAGGGCAACCAGAUUACCCUGACCAUUUGCAUCGAGGACCACCAGUUCCAGCCGAAGAACUACUGGAACGGCCGAUGGCGCUCCCAGUGGCACGUCAGCUUCCAGGCGGGCAACGGAUCCGCCGAGCUGAAGGGCGUGCUCAAGGUGCAGGUGCACUACUACGAGGACGGCAACGUGCAGCUGGUGUCCUCGAAGGAGUGCCGCGAGAGCGUGGUGGUCAGCAACGAACAGCAGCUGGCCAAGGAGGUGAUUCGCCUGAUCGAGGAGGCCGAGAACGAGUACCAGCUGGCCAUUUCGGAGAACUACCAGACCAUGUCGGACACCACCUUCAAGGCCAUGCGCCGCCAGCUGCCCAUCACCAGGACCAAGAUCGACUGGAGCAAAAUCGUCUCGUACAGCAUUGGCAAGGAGCUGAAGACGCAAUAAGACCACGAGGUGCAAGCGGAAGAGGAGCGGACACAGUCGACGAAGCGGCCCAACAGUCUUCCACUUGCCAUGGCCAAGCGAGCAUAGGAACCGAUCAUCAGCAUUACCACCACAACAUCCAAAAACGAAGCAGCAGGCACAGGAGUACGAGAAUACGAGAGCGAGCAGGCGCCUGCCCAAAAUAAAAUGUCUGUAAUUGGCUAUAUACAUACGAACAUAUACCUACAUAUAUCUAUAUAUACGGCGUGUAUUUAUACUGUGUUAUAUAACGACGAAAGUGCGUAUACAUAACGGCAUAUAUAACGUUUACGAUCGGAGACGAUUUGAUUGCAAGCAUUUGGAUGACUUUAGCCUGACGGUGAACGAUGCACUGCUGCCUCGUCUGCGUCACGAUCGCCACCAAUUGUCGCCUUUAUCGUUUAAGAAGAGCAUUAAACGCGGAUUUUAUCAUGUCCUCUAA